AUGCCCUACAUUCAUCAUUUUGUGGGGUUUUGCACGAGGUUCUUGGCGUAUGCAAAUGAUGAUGAGGGAAAUCCUUUCAAAGAAGAAUUAGUUCCAUUUGUAACCACAAGUCCGGCCUUGUUACAUAGUAUUAUUGCAGUGGCGGCAGGACAUAUGAGUAGGACUGACAAGCAGCACGAAGUCAAGGCCACGAAACAUUAUUCCAUGGCUCUGAGGGAGCUGAAUGCCGCACUAUGUGACUCCUCGGUUGCGAAACAGAAUGCCACAUUAGGUGCAUGUCUCUUACUAUGUGUCUAUGAGAUAUCACAUUCAGAUAGAGGCUUAUGGCUGGAGCAUCUUAAAGGUGCACGCGACCUUAUCUUGCAUCGAGGAGGCCCUAGGACUAACGAUUUUCUCACAAGAUUCUUUGCGCUUCUUGACGUUUCCGGUUCUCUAUGGGCAGGCCAAGGUCCUUUAUUACCUGGAAACUAUUGGCUUGAAGAUGCGCCAACACAAUUAACAAGUCCGAAGCAAAUUGGUGAUUCCUCCUCGACGGCAGAAGCACCUUUGAACUGGCCAUAUUAUGACCCUGGUGGUGUUAUGACUGGGGAGUUCCAUAUGUUUAUGGUUUUCAUGGCCAAGUUAUCUCGCCUAUCCAGUCGUUCCUUAACAGAAACCUCUUUUGAAGAGCAGAUCAUCAUUAAACAGGAAGCCAUUGGAAUCAAACUGGAGGUUCAAACGUGGUGGCAGAAUUGUCCCUCUUUCAUUCGUGAUCUUUCCAACGAUUGGCGACGACAACCCCGCGAUACUAAACUUACUGUCGCGGAAACUCUCGAAGCGGAAGCCUUUUCUAGUACUAAAGCUUGCAUGUACGGAUGUAUUCUCUUCAUUCAUCAUAUUAUUAAUCCGGUCGGUGAAGAGCCACAAGAUCCAGAAGUUUCAGAGGCAAUCAAACAAGUCCUAGAUAUUGCUGCCGAGACACCGGAAGGAUACGGACUAGAGAUGGGUUUAUAUUAUGGAUUGUUUGCAGCAGGGGCAAGUAUCUUUAAUGAUUGGGCAGUAGAGGAUAUGGUUAGGAAGAAGUUGAAGGCUGAUACUAGGAUCGCACUCUAUCAUGCGGAUCGAGCCUUGGAACUACUGGAGAUACUUUGGAGAAGACAGCAUCAAUAUGAACAGAAGUUCGAUUGGAGAGUAGUUCAACAACAAAUGGGGAUUCAAAUGAGAAUUUUCGGAAUUCGCACCAAAAAUCGCUGGAUAACGACAGAAUCGGAGUUCGGCAUUAUCGGAGUAGUAAAGUGGUUUGGCUUCCUUCGAGCAUACACUGCAUGA